AUGCCGCCAACGAUUCGGCGAAAGAUCGCGGUGAUUGGCGACGCGGCGGUGGGGAAGUCGGCGUUAGUCCAGAUGUUCGCCUCCUCGGGCACGCGCUUCCCAAAGCAGUACAACAUGACCUGCGGCGUCGAGCUGGCGCACAAAAUGACGCAUGUGCGGCCACCUGCGGUGGACUCGGAGGCAAACGUGGAGCUUUACCUGUUCGACUCGUCCGGACAGGACAUCUUUGCGGAGAUGCUUCCGCCGUGCUGGGAGGGGACGGAGGGGGUGAUCGUCGUGUACGACGUCACGCGGCAGCACACGUUUGACGCAUGCGAGGGGCGAUACCGGCAUCUGCUCGAGAUGGUAGGGGUUCACAAGCUGCCGGGUGCAGUAGUGGCCAACAAGGUUGAUCUGCACGAGCGCUCCGUGGUCGAGCGUGGGAUGGGAGAACGCUUCGCUCGCGCGUACGGUCUGGGCUACUUUGAGACGUCAGCCAAGGACGGCGACGGCGUCGACGGACCGUUCCAGCACGUUGCGGCCGGGCUGCUCAAGCAGACCGACGCAGCGGAGCUUCCGCCUUGA